GCAAAUUUAUAGAUAUAUAUUUCAGAUCAACUUCCGCACUAUUUUCAUAUAGAAUAUUAAGUUAUUGGCAAAAUCAUAUGAUAAAAUGUCACCCGUAGCUUUGUUUGAGAGUUCGAGAAACUGCCGCCAAAAUUUGACGGCCUUUUCCAGUCGCGAGUCGAGCCUCGGUUGACGUUACGGACAAAACGGAUGACUGUCCGUUGAGUCAGCUCCAGGGGAAAAUUGACCAUAGCCAGUGAAGAAAAUAGCUAUCCAGGGGCUGUUGGAGCUUGCAGUGAACUAGUGUAUCCACCCAAGCAACAUAUGAUGGCAGCCUCCCAGUCAUCGCAGUCAACCUCCGCCGCAUCUCUUCCUCAGAGCAGGCAGCAUUUGACUGAGAAUGUCGCAUCGCCGUUGAGUCUGACUUUCCUGGAGCAUGAACUGGAGAAGUAUGGCUCGUGGUCCACGAACAACGAUAAGAUGCAGUGGCUCAAAGAACCUGCGUCUUCUAUGGCUGAAGCUACAAGCUCAAGCAGCGAGGCCGUGAAGACCGAGGCUGGUUUGGAAAACUGCCAGCAGAAUUUAGGCAGCCUUGCAUCCAUCUGGGAUACACCGCCCAUUCAGACAGGAGAUGUGUUACCAGAUCUGUUCAAUCUUGCUGUGCAGCUAGCGAGCGUUUCUGAUACCACUGCAAGCAAUGAUCCUAUUUUCAACGGCUUUGACGACAUGUUUAAUAACGGUGUAGCAUCCAUCCAAGCUUCUGGAGCGGGGACUCGUAAUUCUGCUGUGAACGCGUCAGAAAUCAAAUGCGAUGGUACGAAGUCUAUUGUGAAGCAACAGGAACCGUUCAGACCUGAGCUAAUUAAUAAAUGGUUGCUUGAUGGAGAUUCUUCAAGCUCGUCUCACAGUUCGGACUCGGCUACUCUCAACUUUGUAUCCCCUGGGAGAGGCAGUGCGUCUUCUCAUAAUACAUCAGUGGCAUCUCCAUGCACCUCUUACGUGGCAUCUCCAUGCACCUCUUACGUGGCUGAGGGAUACCCUGCCAGGAGCCAUUUCAGUUGUACCUCUGCUAACAGCACACCAGCAGCUACACCUACUAGGGUCACUGAUGGGAAUUUCUUUGGGACACCUCCGUUCAGAAUGAACUUCACACCUAAUGGUAGUGCUGUGAACUCGCCUAGGGAUUCAAAUAAAUGGAGGGCUGUUGGUAGUCCGCCUUAUUCAUCUCCUACUGUUACGAGCUGCGGUAGUCUCAACAAGUGUGGUAAAUUUGACGGAAAGCCCAAGCUUCUGUGUCGUAAUCUCAACAACCAAUGGGCGAUGUGGCCUACAAAGAAUGACGCUGGAAAUCCUGACCCCAACGAUCUCCGUUCCAGCUCAGGUGAAACUACGCCUAACAAAAAUCAUCCGAAUUUAAAGUACCACUCGGCUGCUGGAGGCAAUAACAUAAAAGAGGAGCUUGGCCAACAUUUCACUUAUGAAGUCGUUGGCAAGGAAAACUUCGCUGCUCCUAACAAUGUGAACAAGACAAAUGUCAUGAACCAAAAGACGGAACGAACUCAAAUGUGGCGACAACCACUUUCUACUUUGUCAUGUGCAAACCUUAACGUUUCAUCCAAUGCUCUAGUGACUGAGCAGGAACUGAAAGAAUACCACCCUUAUAAAGAGCGGUCUGUUAAUGCUCAUUCUGUCGGGGAGGCACCUUCAAGUUAUCCAAAUGAAACUUACCCGGCAUUUUUCCAGUCACACCAGGCACCUUCUCCUCUGAAUAACUCCGGUGCUUCUGCCGCGCAGUGCUUCGCGACUAGUAACGUGCCUCCAAAUUUACGCACGCAUUACAAUGGAACGUUUCUGCCAAACCUCGUGAUGGGUCCGCCCGAACGCCCAGCGCUGCCUCACCCUGGCGACCGAAUGAUGCCUGCUGCACAGCAGCAACUCCAACCGUUUCCAUGUCGCGGCCAAAAUGCUGAGCUGGUAUCGCUGAUGCAAGAGCUGGCCGUGGUGCAGAACAUCGAGGUCCCAGCCAUGCAGCUCCGCAGUCCUCCCGCCAAGCCAAGCGCUCCUGUGACAGAUGUCAACGAUUCUCCGAAUAAAGGAUGCGUUUUCUGCAAGAACAACGGCUACCAUUCCACCUUCUAUAAAGCCCAUUCGCUCAAGGAUGAACGAGGAUUUUGCACGUGUCCUGUACUGCGGACGUACGUGUGUCCGUUGUGCGGGUCAUCAGGAAACUCGGCACACACCCUCAAGUAUUGCCCCUUCAACACUGUGACUGGAGGCGAUCCAGUGGCGGCAGGCUUACCUCCUGGCAAAGUCACCAAUUGGCGCAACGUCGCUCACAUGAUGGCUGUCACCAGCAAGCCUCCACCUGCUGACAUCUUCUGGCGCCCAUAAUUGCGUUCACUCUUGCAAAUUUACCUUGAUGCCAUAAGUGAUGUUUCAAAUUGUUUGCAUUUU